GCAUGCUUUUACUAUAGAAGCCCAUACCUUUCUUACCUCCUACUCCAAUCAUGCAUCACUACCAUACACACAUCCUUUUCACAUGCACAUAAUAAAAGCAUUUCCUCAUUACUACAUCACCCCCUCAACCCAAAAUCUAUUUCUUAGCCCAAAAUACUAACCAAUUCAUAAAACUCAAACAUGAAAUUCAACAGAACCCUCUUUUGGCUCUCUGGCUUUGUCAUAUUUCUCUUUUCCAUCAUUGUUGUUCAUUGCACCACGCCACCUUCCAACUCCUCUUGCACUUCCAUUAAUAAUUCUCAAGGUAGUUUCAAUUUUCAUUUUGGCAUAUUAACCAAGAUUAUAAAGCUCAGUGGGGUUCAAGAUUUUGUGUCUUUGCUAAUAACAAGUAUUGCGAGUAGGAGACAUCAUCAUAGGAAGUGGCAUAAGGAAAAAUGUGACAAGACAAAAUGGGCUUCCAAUAUAAUUUUAUAUUAUAAUGCGUCUCUUGUUUUCACGGUUGACUUAAAGGGUUUUGCUAACUUCAGCAGUGUGCAGAAAGCAGUUGACGCUGUUCCUGAAUCCAGCUCUGAUACCACUAUUAUCUUAAUUAAUUCUGGUACAUACAGAGAGAAGGUAGUGGUCGAAGCCAACAAAACAAACUUAGUACUACAAGGUCAAGGGUAUCUUAAUACAAUCAUAGAAUGGAAUGACACUGCAAAUUCUACUGGUGGGACUUCCUAUAGCUACUCGUUUGGCGUCUUUGCUUCUAAGUUUACUGCUUACAACAUUAGCUUUAAGAACAAUGCUCCGACAGCAUCACCAGGAGAGGUUGGGGCACAGGCAGUGGCAUUGCGAGUUAGCGGUGAUCAAACCGCAUUCUAUGGAUGUGGAUUCUAUGGUGCACAAGACACACUCAAUGAUGACGCUGGAAGACAUUAUUUUAAGGAUUGUUUCAUCCAAGGAUCCAUUGAUUUCAUAUUUGGAAAUGCAAGAUCACUUUAUGAGGAUUGUACCAUAAAGUCAAUAGCUAAACAAGAUACGGUUGGGGUUGAUGGGUCUAUCACAGCUCAAGGUAGACAAUCAUUGAAGGAACAAACAGGUUUUUCAUUUGUGAAUUGCAACAUUGUUGGAAGUGGAAAAGUUUGGCUUGGAAGAGCUUGGGGAACAUUUGCCACAGUUGUUUUCUCAACAACAAACAUGUCUGAUGUUGUAGCUGCUGAGGGAUGGAAUGAUUGGAGAGAUCCAUCUAGAGACCAGAGUGUCUUCUUCGGGGAGUACCAUUGUAUAGGACCUGGAGCAAAUUAUACAUCUAGAGUCUUUUAUGCUAGGCAACUUAAAGAUUAUGAAGCAAUAUCCUAUAUGAAUGUAUCAUACAUUGAUGGGAAUGAUUGGCUUCUUAACUACACUAUUUAGCUUGGUUGUACUAAGUUUGUUUAUUAUAGUUAACAUAUAUGAUUUAGAUGACCAAUGAGGGUUGAGUUUAACAUAAAAGAUUACACUCUCACAAUAUGGGGAAUCAUCGUUUGAAUUUCAGCUGGAAGAGGUACCUACUAUAAAUGUCAACAUUGCCUUGAACAUGAUUAUCUCCGGUGACAAGGAACCUAUGAAAAAAAAUUAUAUUUGAUUUUUCUAAUAAAUUUGUAUAAUAGUUUUGGCAACAUAUCUUUUGGGAUUUUGUAUAAUAAUUUGCUAUUUAGGCUCACUCAA